AUGUCAUACGAACAAUCACAAGACCUUCCACCAAAAGUUCUACGAAUCAAGAGAAAAAGAGGUCAAGAUCCACUACAAGCAUUAAUUCUAGAAGACACAAGAUCAGUAAAGAGAUCAAAACCAUCAACACCAAUAUCAUCACCAGGUAGACCAUCAACACCAAUCAAUUAUCUAACCAAAGCUAACGAUUCUGCAACAACACCUACGUCUAAAAGAGAACCAUCAAAUCAAGCAUUACAAAGACAAAAACAAAUCGAAAAUUCAAACUAUCUAUUCAAACUUUCAACUACUGAAGAUGAUUUAAAGAAUUAUAAUGAUAAUGAAACUAUCCUAAGUUCUAUAUUAUCAGAAGCAACAUCUCCAUCGAAAUCGAGUGAACUAAAGCAAAAUGACCAGUUAUCAACUCAAAAUGAUUCAACUAAUAAAAAAACACCUUUCAAAAGGAGAUUUGUCAUACAACAACCUCAAAAACGAUCAAUCCCAGAAGAUUAUGGUAAAGAAAUUGGAUUAUCAAAUGAAGUAAGUAGUAUGAUUAAUGAUUAUGUAACAAAUGAAAAUGAUUCAAAUGUAAGAAGGAAAAAAAGAGGUGGUAAAACUAUAGCUCAACCGGUACAAACAAUAGACUCUUCUGAAAGUAAAUUAUCUACCAACUCAUCAUCAUCCAUACCAGCAAACGAAGACCAACAAGUACAAGAUGAAGAAGACGAUACUUAUGUCUAUGACGUAUACCAUCUAAUAGAUUCAGAACCAUUAACAACAGCAAAUCAUCCAAAAACAGAAAUAGGAUAUAUUAGAUUUUUUGAUGAUUUAGAAGAAAAUAAUCCAGAUUCAAUAUUAAUGAAUAAUAUUGAUGAAGAAAAUGAUGAUAUUAAUUCAAAUUUAAAAAAAACAAAUUUAUUAACUGAUGAUGAAGAUUCAAAUGCUGAGUCAUUUUAUCAAAAUGAUUAUCCAAGUGAUGAAGAUUUAGAAGGUUUGGAAGAAUUAAAUGAAUUUGAAGAUGGGUUUAAUAAAUUAAAGAUUGGAGAUGAUGAUGAUGGAGAAGAUCGAGAUUAUGAUGAUGAUGAUUACCAAGGGUAUGAACCUCAGGAUGGAAUUGGAUUUAAAGGUGAUGAAUAUUUUGAUUAUGGUGAUGUUGAAAAAUAUAUGAAUUUACAAGAUGAAGAAGAUGAAGAAGGAGAUGAUGAAGAUGAUGAACCAUUGAAAAGGAAUACUUUUUUUAAAAGUGAUGUUGAUGAUCCUCUAGCUAUUCAUAGAGACAAGAUAUUUGGAAAAUUAGAGAAAAUGAUUAAUGAAUGA